AGAGAUGUUCUAAAUUUGUCUCAAGAAAAAUGAUAGUUACAAAUAAGUUACUCAGCGUAUAUUGCACAUUAGGUAAAAUGGCAUUUGACCUAGAAUAGGAGUGGCAAAAAAAGUAUUUUUUUUUUCUUAGUGUGAGCAUGAAAGUCUUUUGACAGCCAAUCCUGGAGUUUUGCUUCCAGGUUUUCCGUAGAGCUGGGAGUGACACAGAGGAACAGCGUUGGCUCACAAGAAGAACAUUGAAGAAGCAGGAUAAACACCACCACCAACAACAAGAAGAAGAGAGAUUCGAAUGUUUAGGGUUUGAAAGGGUGAAAUAAAAAUGGCAGAAGAAAGUACCGGUAUAUUGCAAGAAAUCUUUACUUCUCCUUUAAAUAUCUCUCUCCUGUGCCUGUGUUUGUACCUUCUUUACAAAAUAGUCAGAGGAGACAAACCUCAAAAUGUAGAGCCUGCAGAAGAGCAGCUUCCCAAGAUGAAGAGAAGGGACUUUACUUUGGAAGAACUUAGUGAAUAUGAUGGCACUAAAAAUCCCAGGAUCCUGAUGGCAAUAAAUGGCAAAGUGUUUGAUGUGACCAGAGGAAAGAAAUUCUAUGGACCAGAGGGACCUUAUGGAGUCUUUGCUGGACGGGAUGCAUCAAGAGGCCUUGCCACAUUCUGUCUGGAUAAGGAAGCCUUGACUGAUGCAUACGAUGACCUCUCAGAUCUCAAUGCUUCACAGAGAGAAACCUUGAGUGACUGGGAGUCACAGUUUUCCUUUAAGUAUCACCAUGUCGGUAAACUUUUGAAGAAUGGAGAGGAACCAACUGAAUACACUGACGAGGAGGACACAAAAGAUGCUUCAGGCUCAAAGAAGAAGAAUUAAAUCAAACACUAAAGUUCAAAACAUUUUCCUAAUAGAGAAAAAAAAAAUGCAAAUAUUUCUUUUCUCCUGCAUCAUUGCAUCUAAAAGCAUUGUCCUCUGUUCUGUCUGUUCAUAAAUAAUUCAGUCUUGUUUUAGUACAAAGAUAAUCCAGCUACUAAUUCAGCUGGGGAUUAGUUUCAUGAGUUCUAGGGGUAUAUUAAUUUAUAAUAAAACAGACUAUGGGGAGGUCUGAUCAGUAGAGUUGUGUAGUUUAGUUUUGUAAUCACAAAGCACAAUCUUUUGUGAGCAAAACACAUUCAUGUAAAAAAAUGAUAUAUAUGGCUCAAUCAUUAAAAAGUAUUUCUCUGCCCUUUGAACGAUCUCCAAAUGUCAUCUUUGUGUUCAUUAUAGUUUUUGGCAAGUGUUUCUUUGGUAACAGCAGAGUUCAUCCAGGUUAUUGUUCUUGUGCAACACUAGACAGACCGUACCGAAUUCCUCAUAUUUUAUUUUUGAACAUUCCAAUAAUGAUUACAUUUAACUGACAAAUAAAAAGUUUAUACAGUAUAUAUUUUUCUGUUUCACUGUGCUUUCUAAGUCGUAUCCUUAAUUCAGAUUGGCCACAAUUAUCUGUUAAUAUCCCUUGCAGGAUUAGCCAUGUAUGCAGUAGUGAAAAUAAAGUAUUUGUUUAAAGUGUGAGCUUGCAACAUAGAUUGGUAACGUUGGGGAAAGGACGAAAAAAAAUAUUUUUCCAAAAAGUAGUUUAUAUUUUAUUCCACUUAAUCGACUGCAUUCCUUUUCUGUCAUUUCUAGCUAGUUUGUGUGUGUGUGUGUGUAUAUGUAUAUAUAUAUAUAUAUAUAUAUAUAUAUCUGACACACACACAUGGAGUAUUUGGAGAUCUGCACUUAAAACUGUAAAAGCCAAGAACUGACUAUUAAUUCUACAAAAAAAAAACAGCUGAUUAUGAAAUGUUGGCACUGAAAGGGAGUAUUCAGUAAAUAUUUCAAAUGCUGGUGUAGCUCUGUCAUAUGGUAAAUAGCUUACAGAAAAAUAUUUAAUGCUGCAAAUAACUGUUUAGUCUUUUUCAUAUGUUGAUAGGUUGUCUAUGCAACUUCAGAAAUGUGUAGGGAAAGGCUGAGGAAAUUAACGGUUUAAGCCUUUAAAUUUGAAUUAGAGAAAACAGAGCAGACUUUGCUUAUUAAUAUGUAUACGUAGUGGGGGGGGGAAACAACUAUAAUUUCAGCAUGGGUUUAUUUUGAAUACAAAUCUCCCUGCUCUGGGUCAUACUCUUGCUUUUAUAGUUCUAUAAACAAAAACAAAGCUGUUUUUAUUGGUUGAAAUUAUUAGACUGAUGUGUGUAAAUAUACAUGCAUAGCUUGGUAUAUGUAUAAAUAUGAGGCAAUAAAUGAAAUCAGAUGUGUAUAAAUAAAAUAAACACUGUUUUUCUACAUUGUACUAUUGGCAACAUGGAAUAAAAAUGUUUGGGAUUAAAUUUU